AUGAAAGAUGAUUCGAAAGAUGAUCAAAAUCUUCAGCAAAAAGAUCAAGGUGAAGAAUUGUCAAAUUCAUUCAUGACAUUCGCUCCCAAAUCAAGUGUCAGUAUUAAUCGCCGUUACACUCAAAAGAAACAACCACCCAAUGUGACAGAAUUCAUGACAGAAUUUGAACAGGAACGACGAUCCUCGCCCCCUCGAUCUCCUAUUGAAGAAGAUGAUGAUUCAAUAACAAAUGUAAAGAGUAAUAUGAUGUUAUAUGAUGAUGCUCAAGAUUUUUCAGAUACUGCUCGUUUAACAAUAAAUGCAUCGUCUAUUUCAGGAUUUUAUAACCAAGAAGAAAGCAGUAAUAGUCAGCAUUAUACUAUAGAUAAGCCAACAACAAAUCAAAACAAAUUUAAUCCAAUACAUACAAAGGAACACAAUGCUCGUAUAUCAUUUCAACAUGGACGUCCAGUCAGUAAAAUGUAUGAACCUGCAUAUAUUGAUCCAGAAUUAGAACAAAAGUCGAGUCGACGAAAAAUGAGUCAGUUUAUUUAUUUUGAUAAAAAAGUUUAUAUUGAAAGCAUAUCUAAAACAAUAAGACAAGUAUCUAGAAGAGUUGUUAAUGUGCAUAAUAUUCAUGAAAAUCAUGACUUUUCACUUCAAAUUUACCGAAAAGAUUUGAUUAAUAAAAAUAGCGAACAGCUUUCUUUAAUGAAAAAUGUAACAGCUCAGCAUAAUGAAGAAGACGGAAAUGAAUCCGAUACCUCUUCCCAUGUAAAUGAGAUAAUACCUAUGACUCUAACCUCUUCUAACAUUCAUUGCAAUACAACGUCUAUUUCUCAACAAAAUAUUACUGCAGCAUCUACUACUACUGACUACACAAAUAUCGCUUUUCAACAAGAAAAUAAGCGUUUUACCAAAUUAAGUGGAAAGAGUCUAAAAUUAUUUUCUCCAACAAAUUCAUUUCGAUUACUUUUUGCUAAAAUUUUAUUUUGGAAAUGGUUUGAAACAUUUAUUAUGCUUUUAUUAGUGUUACAUGGAACUGUGCUAUUAGUAGUUGGUUGGGGAUCAAACCCAUACCCAAAUCCACCUAGUGAAUGGACUCCAACUUGGGAUCAAAUUGUGCUUCUUGUUAUAUUUUCACUUUAUACUUUAACAACCUUUUGUCGUAUCAUUGUUUAUGGCCUUAUCAUUAAUUCAGAUUCGAAUUUUAAAACAGCCUUUUUAAGACAUAGUUGGAAUAGAAUCGAUUUUGUAUCUAUUAUAGCUUAUUGGAUCGACUUAAUUCUAUUGCUUACUCAUCAAGAGAUUAUAGGAGACUAUAGACGAAUUCUAGUAUUUAAAACGCUUUCAGCCCUUAUUUUAUUUCGUUUAUUGAAUUUGACAGAUGGAAGUAAAGUCAUUUUGAAUAGUCUAAAAAAGGCUGCCCCUUUAUUAGUAAAUGUUUUAUUUUUCGUCCUAUUCUUUUUUGUUAUUUUUGCAAUUGUUGGUGUACAGUCCUUUGAAGGAUCAUUUAAACGACAUUGUGUAUGGCAUGAUCCUAAUAAUGCAAGCAAUACACAAGAAUUACAGCAAUACUGCGGUGGUUAUAUAAAUGCUUCGGGAGCAGUUGUACCAUACAAACUAAAAGAUGGUACUUCUGCACCAUGGUCAAAAGGAUUUAUUUGUGAAAAUGGUUUAAUAUGUGAGGAAACCGAAAAUCCUUUUGGAGGUACAAUUAGUUUUGAUAAUAUAUUUUCAUCCAUGCUGAUCGUUAUGAUUAUCACUGGUGUACAAUCAUGGACUGAUCGAAUGUAUGAUAUGAUGGAUGCUGAAUAUUUUAUAGCUUGCCUUUAUUUUGUUAUUAUUGUCAUUGUAAUGAAUCUUUGGCUUAUUAAUUUAUUUAUUGCUGUUAUCACUGAAAUGUUUGCUAAAGUUAGAGAAGAUUCUCAGCAUUCUGCAUUUACUAACUCAAAAGCAAGACCCGUACUAGCAGACACUAAAGAAGAAGAAGGCGAAUGGGCAUUUUCAGAACAAGAUAAUACCCAAACAAAAGCAUCAAAAAAUAGGUCAAAAUUAGCCUCGAUUGUCAAAUACAUGAAACCAUUUUGGAUUAUAUUGGUUGUUAUUGAUUUAUUUUGUAUGGCCUCUAAAAACAUAAAUAUGACAGAGGCUCAGAUUGCAGCUUUAAAUUUGGCAGAGACUAUAUUUACAUUUGCUUUUCUAUUUGAAAUUAUAUUACGUAUGUUAAGUCAAAGAAAAAAUUUGAAGGAGUUCUUCGAGGAUAAGUUCAAUUUUACAGACUUUUUUAUUGCAUUAAUCACUACCAUCAUCCAAAUUCCUCCUAAUCACAAGAAUGAGUUUGUAUAUGUAUGGUUUACUGGAUUCCAAGUUUUACGUAUCUAUAGACUAGUUGUAGCAAUCCCUAGAUUAAGAAAGUUAAUGUCCCGUGUUCUAGGAAGUGUACAUGGUCUUAUCAACUUGACAUUUUUUAUUAUAUUAGCUACUUUAAUAUGUGCUAUAAUUGCAUUUCAAUUACUUGAAGGAGUUAUUAACGAUCCAGAAGAUAGUCCUGAAAUGCGAUUUUUCUCAGUCUAUAACUCAUUUGUUGGUUUAUAUCAACUCUUUUCCGGUGAAGAUUGGACGACUGUACUGUAUAGUAUUAUGGAAGCUGGUUCGAAUAACGGAAACAGUGCAAUUUACGCCCUGUUUCUUGUAUUUUGGUUUGCCUUUUCGAAUUUUGUUUUAGUAAACAUGUUUAUUGCUGUUCUAAUGGAAAAUUUUGAAAUUGCUGAAGAAGAUAAACGUAAACGACAAGUUUUACAAUUUAUGGAAAAGACAGAAAAUGAAUUAGAUAAAAAUACAGUCGUCAGUCGAUGGAAUCUUUAUAGAUAUUUUAAACCUAAAGCAAAAGGCUUAGAUAUUAAAAAUAUACCUAGUAAUCUUAUAUUAUCCGUACAGAAAAGCAUUGUACGUGAGUUUAUGAAUGAAGCAACCGAAUCAAACAUAAAUGAAUCUCCAAUGAUACAUUCGAAGAUAGACAAUCAUAAUAUCGAAAAAUAUCCAAAUAAUGGAAUCCUUGGUAAAAUACAAAAUUUUUUAACUCAAUUAUUUACCAGUUCUUCGGAAAGAAAACAGCAGCAGCAGCAGCAACAUAAACAACGACAAACCAAUAGUUUAUAUAUUGAUUCUAUUAAUGUUUUUGAUCAAGUUGGAACAUUUUAUGACUUUAAAAAAAGAGGAGCUACGCAUGACCUUAAUGAGCCUAGAUCAUUACGAUAUUUGGUUGACCCAACUUUAAGAGAGACAGUUGCUAGUAGAUAUCAACAAGAAAUAAUAGAUCUCGAUAUUGAGGAGAGAAAGGCAUUAAAAAGGGAUUUUAUUGCUGCACAUCCUACCUAUGAUAAAUCACUCUAUCUAUUUUCUUCAAGGAAUCCUAUUCGACGAUGGUGUCAAUUAAUUGUGCCGCCAAGCCGUGGAGAACGUAUCUUUGGUACACGUGCAUCUAAAUGGGGAAGCAUUAUUUUCUUAACAUUCAUUACAUGUUGUGUCAUUGCUAACGUUGUUCUCACGAUUUAUAACUCUCCUGUUUAUCAGUAUGAACAUCGAAACGAUCGUUCUGCCAUUAUGCCUUUUAUUUAUGCUGACUGGGCCUUUACAGUGAUAUUCACAUUUGAGUUUGUAGUAAAAGUCAUUGCUGAUGGCUUACUAUUUACACCUAAUGCUUAUUUACUAAAUGGAUGGAAUAUACUUGACUUAUUUGUAUUGAUCACUUUGUAUAUGUCAAACUUUGGUAAUUUUGCUGCAUCUACUGGGUUGGAACGUGGAUUUCGUGCAUUUAAGGCAUUACGAGCUUUACGUCUCAUCAAUUUACUUGGUCCUGCAAAGGAAACAUUUUCCGCUAUUUUGGUGACAGGUCUUCCACAAAUUUUUGAUGCAGCUGUUUUAGGUUUAUGCUUAAUUGUUCCAUUUGCUAUCUAUGGACAAAAUAUCUUUAUGGGGCUCUUUUAUUACUGUAAUGAUGGGGAAGGAAAUAAGAUAGAAUGCAUUUAUGAGAGGUCUUUAGGUACACAAGAGCCUAUGCCUGAUGAUACUAGUAUCUACAUGCCACGUGUCUGGAAUAAUCCCUAUGUCUAUAGCUUUGAUUCGUUUUGGAAAUCUCUUUUGAUCUUAUUCGAAAUAGCGAGUGGUGAAGGUUGGAUUGAUGUAAUGACGACUAGUAUGAGUAUUACAGGAAGAGAUCAAGCACCUCAACAAGAUGCAAGUCAGCUUUGGGGUAUAUUUUUUAUGGUUUAUAAUUUAGCUGGUUCUGUAUUUGUCAUUUCACUCUUUCUUGGUGUUGUUAUUGAAAAUUUUACCAAAAGAAAUGGUACAGCUUAUUUGACAAGUGAUCAGCGACGUUGGCUUGAUCUUAAAAAGCUGCUUAAUCAAAUCCGACCUGCCAAGAGACCUAAGAUUGUUCCCAAGAAUCGUAUUCGUAAAUUGUGUUAUGAUUUAACAGUUGAAAAACGAGGCAAAUUUUAUAAACUGAUAACUGUUGUUAUCAUAUUAAAUAUCAUAUUCUUGUGUAUGGACACAGCUAAUAAGAAAGACACCUAUAGCACAGAUAAUGAUCCAACAGGAUGGGGUUAUAUUAAAGGCUUCAUAUUUAUUUAUUGGCUUGAGAUUCUGAUCAAACUAUUAGGGCUUGGCUGGAAUUCAUUUAGACAAAACUUAUGGAAUCUAUUUGAUUUUAUAAUGGUUAUUGGUAGUUUUAUUACUGCUAUUAUUACUCUUAGUAAUCCCUAUCUUCAAGUUAAUAUUGAAUCACAAAAAUUAUUUAUGACCGCACUUUGCUUUAAACUUGUUCAAAGAAGUGAUAGUUUAAAUCAAUUGUUUACCACUAUGGCGGCAUCGUCAUAUCGAAUUCUAAAUGUAUUUGCUGUCUGGUUUAUAGUUUUGACGACCUAUGCCAUUAUGUUUAUGCAGAUAUUUGGCUUAACUAAAUAUGGACCAAAUGCAACAACAGAACAUGUUAAUUUUAGAACUUAUUCAAAUACUAUGAUUUCGCUUAUUCGAUAUUCUACAGGUGAGGGAUGGAAUUCAAUUAUGCAUGAUUUCACUGUAGAAUAUCCACACUGUGUUUUAGCAGAUGACUAUCUUGAUUCUGAUUGUGGAUCACUUAGAUGGUCUUAUUUUUUAUUCUUGACAUUCAACAUUAUAUCCAUGUACAUAUUUAUUGCUAUUUUUGUAGCUGUUGUAGCAGAUAAUUUUUCAUAUGUUUACCAAAUCAGAGCCAACUUUUCUUUGAUGACUUGGGCAUCAAUAGAUACAAAUAGAACAGGGUACAUCCUACCAAAUCAAUACAUAAUAUUCUGGAAGAAAUUGGAAGGCAUAUUUAAUAUUAGAAUAUUUGAACCGGAAUUCUCUUAUAAAAACUUGGUGAAGACUUGUACUGUCUCACAAAAGUCCAUAGAUAAUACAAAUGAUACCCGUUACCAACAUCAUCUUGACCUGAAAGCUCUUAAUUCCAAGCUAAAUCUAUUAAAUAGACAAGAGAUUCAUUUGAGGAGACAAGAUCUCGAAAAAAUAUAUUGGGAAACUGCAUUGAUUGAAUCUUCAUCUAAAGGUGUAUCAUUUAAUCAGAUGCUAUUAAUGUUAGCACAAAGAAAGUUGAUUGUUCCUGAGAAUGCACUUGUAUUAGAGGAAUUGUUAGAGAAUCAGAAGAAAGAAGAAGCAAUACAUACCUUAAUUUCAAUUGACCGUGUAAGAGGUUUACUCGAAACGAUUGCUCUAAGGAAAAAGUUUUUAAAGUAUUUGGAUGAUAAAAAACAAAAGAAUAUACCUACUAUUGUCAUUAACGAGAAUGAUAAGAUACAACCUCAAAUGAAUGAUAUAAAAACUUGCGAUGAAAUAUCGACUGCAAAUAGAAGUCAUAAUUCGUUUUAUGAUUUAUAUUUAUCAAGUGACGAAGAUGAAAGCCAUGAGGAUAUAGAGAAUGAAGAUACAAUUGCUACUUCUCGAUUAGAUAGUAGUUCGAUGAAUGAUAAUAUGUCAUACAGUAUUUGGGAAGACAUGUUAAAAGAAGAAACUCAGUAG